AUGUCGAUCCUUGAAAACGCCCGGCAGGGCACUCUUACCGGCGACUUUAUCGACAAGCGGAUCGAUAAAAUACUCAACGGCCAGGACCCGGAAACGGGCCUUACCCCCUUAGCGACAGCAGUUGUUGAAGGUUUUCCUAACGUGGUCAAAGCGCUUCUGGAAAAAGGAGCCAAGGCCGACGGCCUCUCGCAGAAUGAGGCAACGCCUCUGCUUCUCGCCGUUUGGAAGGGAAAGAAGAAAGAAAACUGCGCGCAGAUCGUGCAGCUUCUAUUGCAGAAAUUGCCUCCCGGGCCGGAAUCAAUAGACAAGACGUGCAGUGCAGCAGACGGAAAGACUCCAUUGAUCUUUGCGGUCGACCGAAAGGAGGCCGAGAGCGUGCGGUUGCUGCGUAAGGCCGGAGCAGCACUGCAGACAGCGAAUGGCCUGGACGCGCAGAUGAUUGCCAAAAGGAAUGCAGAGAAGACCGGCGACUGGUCUAUCCACCUCGCACUAGAUCCAAAAGAGGACAAAGAAGCCCAUGACAAAAUGACCGAGACUGUCAUCAACUAUCUUGUGUACAUUCUUGCCUGGGCGAACAAUUCCCUAGAUGGAAUCGUGCGUAAAACCUACGGAUUGGACCCAGUGCUGAACGGAGAUUAUGACGGGAACGUCAACUACGAUGGACUUACGGAUGACAAGGACCGUUUUUUAAUAAAUUUUGACGACUUUCUCAAGAACACCAAAUUAGCUCAGCCUCUAAGACAGUUCUUCGGGAAACAUGUUUCAUUUGUCGAAGAACUAGCCAGCUCGGUCGUAAAUCUGCAGGUGACUGGAACAAAAGCGAUAAACCAGGCACUAUACCAGCAUGUCAUUUACUGCGACGACAGCAGCUCCAUGAAGCGGCAGAGCCGUUGGGAGAAUCAGAAGCAGCUUGUCGAGCGCCUCACCAAGAUCAUCACCCGCGUGCUUCCCGUCGGUGAAGGCGUCACGCUGCGCUUCAUCAACCGGGAGUUGGCUGCCGCUGACUCCAGCCUAACGGCCGAAUCCGUCAACCAGAUUCUGGGCCCUAUGACCUGGCAGCCCGGUGGCGACACGCCCAUUGGAACCAAUCUGCGCUCCAAGAUCUUGGAGCCGCUUGUGUAUGCCAAAAUUGCAGACAAGACCUUUUCGCGGCCGCUACUCGUCGUCGUCAUCACGGACGGCAUGCCGGAGCCCGAGAGCAAUUCGGCACUAACUGGUGCGAUUCUAGAGUGCGGGCGGAAGCUGAAGGAGGCACAAUACCCAGAAACUAAAAAACUGGAUGCGGAGUUCAUCGACCUCAAGGUAGACGAGAAGGGGCUGGAUCGAUGGCUUAUCGAAAAUUUGUUCUCUCCGUUCCAAGGCAAACUUUGA